UAAAUACAACCUCAAUUCCCUCCUCACUCCCCAUCAAACCCAAAACCUCAUCACCCCCUCCAUUGAAUCCGCGAAUGGGCAACCUCAAAAACAUCGCCAUUGCCAUUCUCGUCCCCCUCCCUUCCAUCCUCUUCUACCUCUCCUUCCUUCACCAUCACCCGAGCUCCACCUCCUCUGCGAGUCUCUACUCAUGGUGCUACAACCACCCCUUCCUCCUCGCCAACCUGCUCUUCUUCUUCAACGUCGACCUCCUCUUCUGGCUCGUCGGUCUCCUCCAAUCCAACAAUUGGCUGAUUGAUCUGUAUUGGACGGUGAUCCCGGUGAUGCUGGUGCACUACUACGCGAGCCACCCCUUGGCGAGCGCCGACGCCGCGAGAUCGGCUGUGGCGAUUGCGCUUACCUGGGUGUGGAGCGUGAGGCUCACCCACAACUACUUGAGGAGGGAGAGGUGGGAGUGGGGGGCGAGGGAGGAUUGGAGGUUCGGGGAGAUGAGGAAGGAGUAUGGGAGGAGUUGGUGGUGGAUCUCCUUCUUCGCCGUGUUCCUUUCUCAGCAGGUAUUUUUAAUCGGUAUAUGCCUUCCUAUGUAUGCGAUUCACUCCAGCAACGAGCCAUGGAACAUACGCGACUUCAUCGCCACGAUAAUAUGCAUAGCUGGGAUCAUGAUUGCCUACUUUGCCGAUACUCAGCUCCACAACUUUGUGACAAAGAGCCAAGCCCUCAGGGAGGUCGGAGAAAAACCCAUUGCCAACCUUGACGAGGGCCUCUGGCGGUACUCUCGCCACCCUAACUACUUUGGCGAGCAGCUGUGGUGGUGGGGCCUCUACCUGUUUGCAUGGAACUUGGGCCAGAAGUGGAUGUUCGUGGGCCCACUCGUGAAUAGUUCAUGCCUCGCGUAUGUGACUGUGCUUGUGGAAACACGGAUGUUGAAGAGAGAAUAUCGCAGGGAGGCAUAUCGACAGUACCAGAGGAUGACAUCAGUUUGGAUCCCUUGGUUUAAGAGAGCCGAUAAAGGAACGAAGGAGAAAAGCAUCUAAUGUUUAACUCGUGGUCAUUGAAUGCUCUGUGCAGGUUCUAGCUAAUUCUGUUUCUUCGGUGUUUGAUUAUCCUUUGUAUUGUACUACUACUCUUCUUCGUGCUUUUCGUCAUGUGAAGUUCUCUCUUGUAUCUUACCAGCUUCUCUGAAUAAAUAGAUCUGUAUCUGUUUCCA